UCGCUAUUGGCCGGCGUCUGCCCCACUUUUCAAUGUGCCUGGGGAGCAGGAAUCAGUAACGGCGGAGAGGGCGUGGUGGGGUGAGGGGUUUCUCGCGGCUAGUCGUUUUGCCAUGGAAACUAAAGAAAUGAUGGAAUGUAUCCAGGAAUUCCCUGAACACUAUAAAGUUAUUUUGGAUAGACUGAAUGAACAACGUGAGCAGGACCAGUUUACGGACAUCACUCUGAUAGUUGAUGGUCACCAUUUCAAAGCUCAUAAGGCUGUUCUUGCUGCCUGCAGCCGUUUUUUCUACAAAUUCUUCCAAGAUUUCACUCAGGAGCCCUUGGUGGAGAUUGAAGGUGUAAGUAACAUGGCAUUUCGUCACCUGAUUGAGUUCACCUAUACAGCAAAACUAAUUGUUCAAGGUGAGGAAGAAGCAAACGAUGUUUGGAAAGCAGCUGAGUAUCUACAGAUGUUAGAAGCAAUCAAAGCACUUGAAAUCAGGAACAAAGAAAAUUCAUCACCCUUGGAAUCAAAUCAAACAAAAGGAAAACUGAAAAAGAGGAAGAUAGCUGAAACCUCUAAUGUUAUCACAGAAACACUGCCAUCUGCAGAAUCGGAGCCUGUUGAAAUUGAGGUUGAGAUUGCUGGGGGGACAACUGAAGUGGAAGAUGACAGCAUUGAAACACUGGAAGUAGCUUCUGCAGAGCAAUCCAUAAAGUACAUACAGACAACAGGUACAUCAGAUGAAUCUGCUUUGGCUCUUUUGGCAGAUAUUACCAGCAAGUAUCGUCAGGGAGAGACAAAAUGCCAGAUCCAAGAAGAAGGUGUUAGUGCAACUGAUCCCUCGUGCAAACAGGAACACAUGAAAACACACUCUACUGAGAGUUACAAGUGUGACAUAUGCAAUAAAAGGUACCUACGAGACAGUGCUUUGAAACAGCACCUCACCUGUUACCAUCUUGAUGAAGGUGGUGCCAGCAAGAAGCAAAGACCUGGCAAAAAAAUACAUAUAUGCCAGUACUGUGAUAAGCAGUUUGACCACUUUGGACAUUUUAAAGAGCACCUCCGGAAGCACACAGGUGAAAAACCAUUUGAAUGUCCAAACUGCCAUGAACGUUUUGCUAGGAAUAGCACACUGAAAUGUCACCUAACGGCCUGUCAGUCUGGAACUGGAGCUAAAAAGGGAAGAAAGAAACUCUACGAAUGUCAGGUUUGUAACAGUGUGUUUAACAGCUGGGAUCAAUUUAAAGAUCACUUGGUAAUACACACAGGUGACAAACCAAAUCACUGUACCUUAUGCGAUUUGUGGUUUAUGCAAGGCAGUGAACUGAGGAGGCAUUUGAAAGACAUGCACAAUAUUUCAGAACAAAUAGUGACAGAAGAGGUUCUUCCAGUGGAAGCUGUGGAAGCUGAACCAGUAACAUCAAUGACUAUAAUAGAACAAUUGGAGCAAGUCCAUGUCCUACCAGUAAUACAGGUACAAGUGGAUCCUGCACGGGUAACUGUGGAACAGAUGCAUCAGGAUCUCAUACAGGACACACAGAUGGAGGAACUGCAAGAACAGGUGCAAAUUAAUUACUUGGAAGUUGAACACAUUCAGACUGAACAAGGUGCUGAAGUUCAUGUGGAGCAGUUACAUGUUGAGCAUGUAAAUCAAAUACAGAUGAAAGAAGUACAGGCAGAACUUAUAGAUAGAACAGACCUGGAACAAGUAGACUAUGAAAGUGUUGAUCAAGGAGAAACUAGUCAAGUAGAUUAUAUAGAUAAGGAAGAUCAUGAACAAGCUGAGGACUUAAACUUAACAGUUAGUGGACACACAGAAUGAAAAGAUGAAUGACUAGGACAAAUAACCACACUGUGCAGGUUUAAGAAUGAAAUACACAAUUAUUUUUGUUAGCUUUUUCAUUGUUUUUUGAACCCUCAGUGGUCAUCUUUCCGAUAUGUUGUCCUUAGGAAGCUGGACAAGUGGACCAAAGUUAGCUUUUUUCAUGUACAACUAAACUUCUCUCAUAUGUAAAAAUAACUUUCCCAUUCAUGACAGCAUGGAACGGAAACUACUGUAGACACUGACAACUUUGUGAGGAUUUUAAUAAUUAAUAGCUUGUAUCACUGUUAUACUAUCUCCGAGUAUAUGUAAGAAUAAUUUUACCUCUUUUCCUCUUGUCGUAGAAGCAAACUCUUGUUAGAGAUUUGCAGGAUGUCUGUGGCAGAAGAAUCAGUAAAAUUUUGGUGGGUUCUAUUGUAAGUGGCCAGUCUAGUAGCUGUGAAUUUUCUGGUCAGACUGCUGUUUCCUAACUGCUGGAAGUCUUGAAGCACAAAAUUCCUGUGCCUUUUCAACGCUGACUAGUUAAAUUUCCACAAAGCUCCCAGAGUGUUCAAUAACCUAGUUUAGUAAAAGACAAUGUAGGUAGUGUUAUAGUGCUUUAUGUUUAAAACUGUCAGUUACUGAUUUUUUUUUAUUAUUAUUAUUAGAUUUAGGGGGAGUAGAGGAAGGAAAUAGAUUACACAGAGGCAUCAGGAUGCCUACAAGAGAUGCUUUAAAUUGGGAAAAGUUCCGUGAAUCUGUAGUAAACAUGAACUGGAAGAAAGCUACCAACAGAUUCUUCUUUUAUAAAUUGUAAUUUUAUAAAAUGAAUGUUUUUAAACAUAAAUAUAGAGAAGACCUGUCUAUAUGGUAUAGGGUUCCUGUUUGUUUUGAAAUUAAAUUCUGACAUUUGACACAAAGAUAUACUAAAAGUAAAAGCCAUAGGUAUGAGUGCUAAAAUGUGGAUUGAAAAGUAGGAGUGUAUAUAUUUUAAUCAAUAUUAGACAAUAAAACAAUACUGUCCAUGAAAUGUUGUAUUAUUUGUGUCAUCCAAUAAAUUAGGAACAACUGAGUGACUGGCAAUUACAGUGUCAGAUCCCAGUGGCAAGAAUCAAUCUAAUUUUAUCAAGAUUAAUAGCUCAUUACUGUAAGGUUAAGUUUGUUUAGAAAAUACUUGUCUAUUUCUAUGUUUAAGGAUGCUAAGGACUUCUAAUUCUCAAUUAUUGCCUUGAGAUUAGAUGUGCCUCCAUACUUCUGAAAAACCUUCUUUUCAAAGCCUUAACUAA